ACAGGUAGCCAGCACUAAGGGACGCACCAAGAAAGCAGUGAGCCACUGCUGCUACUUCCAGCAGCUCCUUCUGCUGCAGCCCGAGAGGAACUCGGUGAGCCGAUCCCCACUUGAGACUGCAAGCUCAGGAUUUCAAUCAAUGCAUUCCAGUAAUCCUAAAGUGAGGAACUCUCCAUCAGGAAAUACACAGAGUAGCCCUAAGUCAAAGCAGGAGGUGAUGGUCCGUCCCCCUACAGUGAUGUCCCCAUCUGGAAACCCCCAGCUGGAUUCCAAAUUCUCCAAUCAGGGUAAACAGGGGGGCUCAGCCAGCCAAUCCCAGCCAUCCCCCUGUGACUCCAAGAGUGGGGGCCAUACCCCUAAAGCACUCUCUGGCCCAGGUGGGAGCAUGGGGCUGAAGAAUGGGGCUGGAAAUGGUGCCAAGGGCAAGGGGAGAAGGGAGCGAAGUAUUUCCGCCGACUCCUUUGAUCAGAGAGAUCCUGGGACUCCAAACGAUGACUCUGACAUUAAAGAAUGUAAUUCCACGGAACACAUAAAGUCCCAGGAUUCCCAGCACACACCACAUUCGAUGACCGCAUCAACUACUACAGUUCCCAGGUCUUCCACUCCCUCCCAUGGCCAAACUACUGCCCCAGAGCCCACACCUGCUCCGAAGACACCAGCCAAAGUGGUAUAUGUGUUUUCUACUGAGAUGGCCAAUAAAGCUGCAGAAGCUGUACUGAAGGGCCAGGUUGAAACGAUCGUCUCUUUCCACAUUCAGAACAUCUCUAACAGCAAGACAGAGAGAAGCACAGCCCCUCUGAACACACAAGUAUCUACUCUUCGGAAUGAUAUAAAACCUCUUCCACAACAACCCCCAGCUCCAGCCAACCAGGACCAGAAUUCUGUUCAGAACACCAGACUGCAGCCAACUCCACCCAUUCCAGCACCAGCACCCAAGCCUGCAGCACCUCCACGCCCCUUAGACCGGGACAGUCCUGGGGUAGAAAAUAAAUUGAUUCCUUCAGUGGGAAGUCCUGCCAAUUCUACUCCACUGCCCCCAGAUGGUACUGGGCCAAACUCGACACCCAACAAUCGAGCAGUAACCCCUGUCUCCCAGGGGAGCAGUAGCUCUUCAGCAGAUCCCAAAGCCCCCCCACCUCCACCAGUGUCCAGUGGUGAGCCCGCCACACUGGGAGAGAAUCCUGAUGGCCUGUCUCAGGAGCAGCUGGAGCACCGGGAGCGUUCCUUACAAACUCUCAGAGAUAUCCAGCGAAUGCUUUUCCCUGAUGAGAAAGAAUUCACAGGAGGACAAAGUGGAGGACCUCAGCAGAAUACUGGGGUAUUAGAUGGACCUCAGAAAAAACCAGAAGGGCCAAUACAGGCCAUGAUGGCUCAAUCCCAAAGCCUAGGUAAGGGACCUGGGCCCCGAACAGAUGUGGGAGCUCCAUUUGGCCCUCAAGGACAUAGAGAUGUACCCUUUUCUCCAGAUGAAAUGGUUCCGCCUUCUAUGAACACCCAGUCUGGGCCCAUAGGACCCGACCACCUGGACCAUAUGACUCCUGAGCAAAUAGCGUGGCUGAAAUUGCAGCAGGAGUUCUAUGAAGAGAAGAGGAGGAAGCAGGAACAAGUGGUUGUCCAGCAAUGCUCCUUGCAGGAUAUGAUGGUCCAUCAGCAUGGGCCACGGGGAGUGGUCCGAGGGCCUCCGCCUCCAUACCAGAUAACCCCUGGUGAAGGCUGGGUCCCUGGAGGUACAGAGCCAUUUUCUGAUGGCAUCAACAUUUCACAUUCUCUGCCCCCAAGAGGCAUGGCUCCUCACCCCAACAUGCCAGGGAGCCAAAUGCGCCUCCCUGGAUUUGCAGGAAUGAUAAACUCUGAAAUAGAGGGGCCAAAUGUCCCCAACCCAGCAUCUAGACCAGGUCUUUCUGGAAUCAAUUGGCCAGAUGAUGUGCCAAAAAUCCCAGAUGGCCGAAACUUCCCUCCUGGCCAGGGUGUAUUCAGUGGUCCUGGCCGAGGGGAACGCUUUCCGAAUCCCCAAGGAUUGUCUGAAGAAAUGUUUCAACAGCAGCUGGCAGAAAAACAGUUGGGUCUUCCCCCAGGGAUGAGUAUGGAAGGCAUCAGGCCCAGCAUGGAGAUGAAUAGGAUGAUCCCAGGUUCCCAGCGCCAUAUGGAGCCUGGAAAUAAUCCCAUUUUUCCUCGAAUACCAGUUGAGGGUCCUCUGAGUCCUUCAAGAGGGGACUUUCCUAAAGGAAUGCCUCCACAGAUCGGCCCUGGUCGGGACCUGGAGUUUGGGAUGGUUUCUAGUGGGAUGAAGGCAGAUGUCAGUCUAAAUGUCAACAUGGCAUCCAACUCUCAGAUGAUACCUCAGAAGAUGAGAGAGGCUGGGGCGGGUCCUGAGGAGAUGAUGAAAUUACGCCCAAGUGGCUCAGACAUGUUGCCUGCCCAGCAGAAGAUGGUGCCACUACCAUUUGGUGAGCACCCUCAGCAGGAGUAUGGUAUGGGCCCCAGGCCAUUCCUUCCCAUGUCUCAGGGUCCAGGCAGCAACAGUGGCUUACGGAAUCUCAGAGAACCAAUUGGGCCCGACCAAAGGACUAACAGCCGACUCAGUCAUAUGCCACCACUACCUCUCAACCCUUCUAGUAACCCCACUACCCUCAACACAGCUCCUCCAGUUCAGCGUGGCCUGGGACGAAAGCCCUUGGAUAUAUCUGUGGCAGGCAGCCAGGUGCAUUCCCCGGGCAUUAACCCUCUGAAGUCUCCCACGAUGCAUCAAGUCCAGUCCCCAAUGUUGGGCUCACCCUCGGGCAACCUCAAGUCCCCCCAGACUCCAUCACAGCUGGCAGGCAUGCUGGCAGGCCCAGCUGCUGCUGCUUCCAUUAAGUCCCCCCCAGUCUUGGGGUCUGCUGCUGCUUCACCUGUUCACCUCAAGUCUCCAUCACUUCCUGCUCCGUCACCUGGAUGGACCUCUUCUCCCAAACCUCCCCUUCAGAGUCCUGGGAUCCCUCCAAACCAUAAAGCGCCCCUCACAAUGGCUUCCCCAGCCAUGCUGGGAAGUGUAGAGUCAGGUGGCCCCCCACCUCCUACAGCCAGCCAGCCUGCCUCUGUGAAUAUCCCUGGAAGUCUUCCUUCUAGUACACCUUACACAAUGCCUCCAGAGCCAACUCUUUCCCAGAACCCACUCUCGAUUAUGAUGUCUCGAAUGUCCAAGUUUGCAAUGCCCAGUUCUACCCCAUUAUACCAUGAUGCCAUCAAGACUGUGGCCAGCUCCGAUGACGACUCCCCUCCAGCUCGUUCUCCCAACUUGCCAUCAAUGAAUAAUAUGCCAGGAAUGGGCAUUAAUACACAGAAUCCUCGAAUUUCAGGUCCAAACCCCGUGGUUCCGAUGCCGACCCUCAGCCCAAUGGGAAUGACCCAGCCACUUUCUCACUCCAAUCAGAUGCCCUCUCCAAAUGCCAUGGGACCCAACAUACCACCUCAUGGAGUCCCAAUGGGGCCUGGCUUGAUGUCACACAAUCCUAUCAUGGGGCACGGGUCCCAGGAGCCUCCGAUGGUACCUCAAGGACGAAUGGGUUUUCCCCAGGGCUUCCCACCAGUGCAGUCUCCUCCACAGCAGGUUCCAUUCCCUCACAAUGGUCCCAGUGGUGGACAAGGCAACUUCCCAGGAGGGAUGGGCUUCCCAGGAGAAGGCCCCCUUGGCCGUCCCAGCAACCUGCCCCAAAGUUCAGCAGAUGCAGCACUUUGUAAGCCUGGAGGCCCAGGGGGUCCUGACUCCUUCACUGUCCUAGGGAACAGCAUGCCUUCAGUGUUUACAGACCCAGAUCUACAAGAGGUCAUCCGACCUGGAGCCACCGGAAUACCUGAGUUUGAUUUGUCCCGCAUUAUUCCAUCUGAGAAGCCUAGCCAGACACUGCAAUAUUUCCCUCGAGGAGAAGUUCCAGGCCGUAAACAGCCCCAGGGUCCUGGACCUGGAUUUUCGCACAUGCAGGGGAUGAUGAGUGAUCAAGCCCCCCGAAUGGGACUAGCAUUACCUGGCAUGGGAGGUCCAGGGCCAGUAGGAACUCCAGACAUCCCUCUUGGUACAGCUCCAUCCAUGCCAGGCCAUAACCCAAUGAGACCACCAGCCUUUCUCCAGCAAGGCAUGAUAGGACCUCACCAUCGGAUGAUGUCACCAGCACAAUCUACAAUGCCUGGCCAGCCCACCCUGAUGAGCAAUCCAGCUGCUGCCGUGAGCAUGAUUCCUGGCAAAGAUAGGGGGCCUGCAGGGCUCUACACCCACCCUGGGCCUGUGGGCUCUCCAGGCAUGAUGAUGUCCAUGCAGGGCAUGAUGGGACCCCAACAGAACAUCAUGAUCCCCCCACAGAUGAGGCCCCGGGGCAUGGCUGCUGAUGUGGGCAUGGGUGGAUUUAGCCAAGGACCUGGCAACCCAGGAAACAUGAUGUUUUAAGCUGCUAAGAUUGGAUGUGCCGAUCCUUGUCAAGAUGAGAUUCCAGGUCCUGAGAGCUGCUUUGAAGGGAGUUCCAGGCAUACUUACUAUUGGUCAUGCAAUAGGAGAGAACAGAGACCUGAGGGCUGCUUUGGGGGAGGGGGGAACUUGAGAAUGUAUGGAUUUACCUAAAAACAAAUUAUUCAUUUAAUCAACAGGUGUGUUUUUUUUAAGAUUUAUUUUUUAAAAAUUAUUUUUGUGGACUUGGGUAUCCCAUGAUGGCACCUACUUUUGGAAAUCUGUAGCUGUGCUUUGAGAAUUGCCAUCGGUCAUGUGUUGCACCGUUCUCUGUAUGUUUACGUCCUUUGGACUGACUUCUCCCAGGAUUCUUUUUCUGUUUUUGUUUUUUGAUUUGGGCUUUUUUAUGUGUACUGUACUAUAUUGUAAAAGGGAUUUUAGCAGAGACUUUAGUCUUUGGGACAAGAGGAGAACAGGAAUGCUGGGCUGUUUACUUUAGGUGGAGAAUCCAUCUUCAGACCUUUGGACUAUUUUCUUUCAACUCCAGUGUAUAGAAAAACCAAACUACGACCUCAGAGCAGAGUAUUAAUGAAAAGCACAAAAAAAAAAAAAAACAAAAAAAAAAAAGAAAGAAAGAAAAAAAAGGAACUAAGUUCAGCGAGGGGUGUGGGAGGGGGGAAAUUUUUCUUUUUAAAAAUAAUGAAGCUUAGGACAUUUGUUUUUCAUUUCAAGUGCUCUUCAGCACUGUCUCUCCCAAUAUAACAAUCGUCAUAUUUUUCAUUUUCCUCCACCUUCCCUCUCUCCUUUAUUAAGUGUCUUUGUCCCUUGUGUUCCCCACUGGCAACCUUCUGCUUCCUCUCCUCUACCCUUUGGCAGCUGCAAUACCUGUUGUCCUUUUGGGAAAGUAACUCAAGUGAAGCCUCACCUUUCAUGCUGAGCAUCUUCCUGGCCUGGCAGGAAAGGCUCUGUCCUGGGGAUGCCCUCUGGUCCUUUCCCCUUAGCUUUUCUCUUUCCCAGUAUACUCUUUCCUGCCCAACUUGUUUUCUGUUCUCCUUUUAUUAGAAAGUACCAAGUGAAUUUUAUUAAUGUGGGAGUGGAACAGAUGCUAAAAGCUACCCAGGAUUUUGUUUUUGUUUUAAAUUUUGUGGUUCCCUUUCCUCCUCCCAUGCGUAAAACGUUCUGUGUAACCUCCAUUAAAUUUGGUACAAAACCACUCGCCAGAGCUGUGGUGUCAGAAAAAUAAAAUAUAUUGUUUCUUACAAAA